GGGAUAUAAGCCACGUCCUCCGCGGUUACCGCUCGAUACUCGGCCCUAUUCAUUCAGUUGAAGUCUUUAUUAACGGAUUUAACAGAAUUUCUUCUACCUGAAUCUUCCUUCCUUCCCAAAUUUCACAGUCAACCCGCUCAGCGAGCAAAUAUCACCGCUAUCCCACAUCACAAUCGGAUACAUUGGUCCCACAUACACUACUGGCACACGUACCACCGGCUUUUCUUACGGUCAGCCAGAUCAGCAAAGACAGCAAUGACCAUUCUUCUCCCCGAAAUCCACAAUACGGUCUUCCCGACCAAACCAACCACCGAGGCUUCCCCCGAUAUCUCCCAAAGAUUCCUGGUAGUAUCACCCUACACAGCUCCCGCGCACCUCCUCGACCUCACCACUGUGGACAAGCCGCAGCAGCUCAUGGCCAAGGCCCUGGUCAGCCUGCGCGCACUCACACCCUCGUACGCGGUAACACCGUACGCAGAAGCCUUCAACUGGGGCGAGGUAGUUGCGCAGCUCACUCCGCUCUCUUCAGAGGGAGAUGGAGAGGGAGAAGAAAGUUACAUAUUCCCGGAGACGUCAUUCUACAUAAUCGUCUUCCGGUCUCAAAUUGCACCGACAACUUCGGGCUUGCACCUGGGCGAGCUGGAUGCGGAGGCGCAUCGCGAGGCAACCCAGAGUGGUGGCUUGCUGAAGUACUGGUUUGGGACGCCUGAUCAAAAUGGAAGGAAUAUGGCCACAUGUGUCUGGAGGCAUCGGGACGAUGCUAAGCGUGGCGGCGCGGGUCCGGGCCAUGCUCGUGCUAUGCAGGAAGUCCGUGGACUGUAUCUUGAGUGGCAUGCAGAAAGGCUGUGGCUCACUGUUGCAAAGGGCGCGAAAUCCUAUCGUAUCAUCAAUUGGGUUGAUUGAUGGACUGUACACAUACAUAGACCGACUGGAUAUGUCGCGCAUACUUUUUCACUUAGCGUUUUGGUGUUUUUGGGAAGUUAGAGGCGUUGUUUCCGGUUCGGCAUCGGUCCUUUUAUCCGCAGGACUUACUUUUCGUAUGUAUUUGUAUACCUAGCACCCAUAACCUAGUGUGAUUUUGCAUAUACCAAC